UGUGGUUAUGCAAUCAAUAUAAGUGACUGAUUACUAUCAAUGGAAAGGGAUUCUCGACAUUAAUUAAAAGCACACGAAUAUAUUAAUUAAAACACAAAAGCUCUUCGCAAUCAGUGAUACAAAAAACUUUUAUUCAAACCCUUUAUUAAAAGUUUAACAAAAAGUGUUUUUGAAAACAUUACAAAAGCACAUAAUGUUUAAAGACAUACGUUACCACCACUUUAACAUCAUAAAACCUGAUGAUACCGGUGCCAAAUGGUCUCAACAGUGGCAUACGUUCCCGGGACUGGCGUACAUACCGGGUCUCACGGAACUGGAGGUGGCUAUACAGCCAUAUGGCGACGAUUUGCACCGAUUUAUGCAACAGAAAUGGCAUUACUCUCUGUAUAUAUCCAUGGCUUAUAUUACGAUAAUACUGGCGCUAAGGCAUUGGAUGAGAUCGAGGGAUGCCUUUAACCUACGGGUGCCGAUGGCCUACUGGUCGGCAGGUUUGGCGCUGUUUUCAAUCAUAGGUGUGAUCAGGUGUUUACCGGAGUUCAUACAUAUACUAUACUAUAAGGGGUUUAAUGCAUCGUUUUCGGACUCCAGUUAUUAUAAAGACUGGCGACUAAACCUAUGGUACCUAUUCUUCGUAUUAUCCAAAGCCCUUGAGCUAAUCGACACCGUAUUCAUCGUACUCCGCAAACAAAAGCUACUGACCCUCCAUUGGGUGCACCACUGUCUCACUCUAAGCUACUCGUGGUACGUGUUUGGCGACGUACCGGCAACUGCCCGCUGGAUGGUUAACAUGAAUUUCCUCAUCCACUCCCUUAUGUACACAUACUAUGCCUGUAAGGCUUUCCGCAUCGCCAUACCCCGGGUGGUCAACAUCUCCAUCACCUCACUCCAGAUUAUCCAAAUGCUGUACGGCCUGUACAUCAACAUCCAGGUACUGGUGUAUAAGCUGACGGAGCAGCCGUGCGACGCCCACAUAUCGGUAGCCCUGACCGGCACGUCAUUAUACGGGCUAUUCUUCAUACUGUUUAUAAACUUCUUUGUCCGCACCUACCUAUUGAAACCACACACCAAGAGUAUGGUAUUCACACCGGCGUGUGCACCGGCAGGUAUGACCAACGGGUUUAAGGUGAAUGGGAAUGGUGUCAUCAAUAAUGGGGUAGAGCUCAAGAAUCGUAAGAAUAGUGCCGACAGUUUUCUCGGUUUACAUAAUAUUAAUAAUAACAUUGAGAUCAUUAAGAAAAUUAAUUAAUUUGAUAGACAUUUGUGU